CAAAUUUUUAUCAGCGAAUAUUCUCUUCAUCCGUGCCAAAAUUUUCCUCAAUUUGGGUUUUAUGUGUUAUCCUGUUGCCAAAGUGUCGUAUGGGCAGCUUCAAUCGUUGAUUCGCAUUGAGAUUUAAAUUUCACAAAAUGGCACCGCGAAAAGGAAAAGUUCAGAAAGAGGAGGUGCAAGUGUCUUUGGGACCGCAGGUCCGCGAAGGUGAAAUUGUGUUUGGCGUCGCCCACAUUUUCGCAAGCUUCAAUGACACUUUUGUCCACGUAACUGACCUUUCCGGAAGGGAAACAAUUUCAAGAAUCACAGGAGGCAUGAAGGUGAAGGCUGACAGAGAUGAGGCGUCGCCGUACGCAGCUAUGUUGGCAGCGCAGGACGUGGCCGAGAAGUGCAAGACCCUCGGCAUCACUGCCCUGCACAUCAAACUGCGUGCCACUGGCGGAAACCGCACCAAGACCCCCGGACCUGGUGCUCAGUCUGCAUUGAGGGCACUCGCCCGUUCUGGCAUGCAAAUUGGCCGCAUCGAGGAUGUCACUCCCAUCCCGUCAGACUCGACCCGCAGAAAGGGCGGCCGCAGAGGUCGCAGGCUCUAAUCCUAUGUUUAUUACUUGUGACCAUCUUGAAAAUAAUAAAAGAUCAUUUUGUUCAACAUCUAAAA